AUGAAAUCAAAUAUUUGUUCGAUUUCAUCAAAAGUUGAUAAAUUCAUUGAUACGUACUCAAUGCAUUCAUUAACAUUUAAGGUGCCAAUUUUAAUCAGUAGCGUAUACAAAAUUUGCAUUUAUACAAAAAAUUAUCAGCAAAAAAUCAAUAUAUACACUAAUACUGUUAAUUGCACAUUUUCUCUGGAUGAAUUUCCAUUUACAAACUAUACAAGCAUUGUUUGCUUUGGAAAAUCAUUCAAUGAAAGAUGGUGUGUCGCUGAAAACGCAUGUCGCGAAAAUUUAACAGUUGUAUUUUCUUUUCCUUAUAAUGUUAAGUUUAGUUCUCCAUUUGUCAAUCCAUCCGCGCGUCCAUCUCCGUAUUCUAGAGACGAAUUUAUUAUUAAUUCGAAUCGAAUCAAAUUUUUACCAGAAUUACCAUACGUAGAAAACUCGACUGCUAUACUCUGCAGUCGAUAUUUGAAUCACAGAAUGCUCUGGCAUAAUCUUGUCGAUUUUGUUAUUCCUAUUUACCGAGCUAUGCAUACUACGAACAUUUCAAGUGACUGUACUAUUCAUGCAUUUGAUAAUGAUGGUAAAUAUGGACUCUUUUACGCAAAUGCUCUUUGCCAGAAUAUUAUUCAUGAAAAUUCUAAUAUUUAUUGUCAUAAAAGAAUGAUAAUUGGGGUUCCCAAGACAGGAGGAUCCCAAUCCGAGAGGAAAUUAUUCCUAAAUUACGAUAUUCCGCGAAAUGAAUUAAUAGGAUUACGAGAAUUAAUGUUAAAAGAGGCCAAUAGCACCGGAUGUAUGCCUAGUCGCGAACAUCCGAAAGUUUUGUUGAUAAAACGAAGAACAAAAGAAGAAAAAAGAAGAUUAAUUAAUUCAGAUGAAGUUUCAAAAGCCAUUCAUGAAGUUUGUCCCUUCUGCGAAGUUCUCAAUACAGAUCUGCAAGAUUUUAACAAGAUGCAGCAAGUUUCGUUCACUUGCUCCGUUUCUUUAUUGAUAGGAUUGCAUGGUAGUGGAUUAACUCACUUAAUGUGGCAAUAUCCUUCCUCAAAGGAGCAGAAAACCGCUGUAAUAGAAAUUCUCCCGUAUUUAUACACCUGCAGGGACUGGUACUCUAAACUGGCGUCGAUGGCCGGUGUAGAAUAUUUCUCAUUGAAAACUCUUCGAAAAAAUCAAAGUCGAUGGGAAAAAGUGUCUGAUGAGAGGGAAAGAAGCUGCCAUUCCGGAUCGGAAAUGUGUGGCAAAGGUUGGUGUCAUGAUUUCUUGAGAGAUCAAUCAGUUAUUGUUGAUAUUGAUCAAUUCAAGAAAUUAUUAUCAUCGAUUGUCGAAAAUCUCACAAAGAAUAGAUUGUAA